CUGAAGCCUUAAGAAGAAGAACAUAAAAAGUUCAAGAAAAGAAUAUUUGAUUACGGACUUUGAAUACGGAUUUUAUUUAUAAAAUUGGACAUUGGUUUUUUGAAACAUAUUACUUAUUUAAUUCAUUAAUAUUUGAUAUAUUACAUAAAAAUAUGAAUACAAGAACACAGCACCCGUUCAGUAUUGACUUUAUCACGAGGGAAGAGUUAAGAAGCGAAAGGGAGAAUCUUGGAAUCAGUCUUUACAACGCAGCUCAGACUGGUGACAGUAUGGAGAAGGCACAAGUAAAUAGAUGCCGGCAGACCCCUUCACCAACGGACAGCGGGCUUGAGUCCGACCACUCGCCAUCUAGAUCGGAGCCGGGGCAGUCCGACAAAGACAGCUCGAUUGCAGAGGUCCUGCUUUCAUUGGAAAAAAAUGUGAGUGGUAAAAAAUCAAAGGUGAAGGACAUUGCAGCAGAUAAGCCUUCCCAAUCUUACAUCGCACUUAUAUCCAUGGCAAUCCUUAGUACAUCAGAGCGUAGGAUGCUGCUCAGCGACAUAUAUCAGUUCGUGAUGGAUAAUUUCGACUACUACAACAACAACGAGAAGGCGUGGCGUAACAGUAUACGUCACAAUCUUAGUCUCAACGAGUGCUUCAUCAAAGCCGGAAGAGCCGAUAAUGGAAAAGGUAACUAUUGGACCAUACACCCAGCAUGUAUUGACGACUUUGCCAACGGUGAUUUUCGCAGACGCCAAGCCAGACGCCGUGCAAGAAAAUGCCUAAAAGAUACGAAUCAACAUUAUGUCACUUCUGCUCAUAGAUACAACAUCGGAUACGUUCCUAUGACGGCUUCACACAUCGCCUUUCACCCGUAUAACAACGCUUCUGGUGGGUCCUCGAUGUAUUAUCCACAACCCCACGUUUACCCUCAGCUCGCGCAGGCGCACCAGCAAUCUACGUCAGCAGGUACAUUUUCCUACGCCAGUCAGCCACAAACAAGUUACCUCUCCGCAUGCGCUUUAAGUGACCAGCAGUCAAAGACAUCGUCAGCCUCCUUGCCCGCACACAAGCUAUUGGCCGACCAGGCAAGCUCGGCAGCGUUCACAAUGCAAGCUUUUGCACAGCAACAGAUGGCUUCGAAUUUACAAUUCCAGAGUUGGUAACAUGAUCGAAAAAUUAUAUUGGUGGAAAUGUGCUAUAUCUCUCUCUGUAUAAAAAUGUUAUAUAAAUUGUAAA